UUUAAAAAAAAUUUAAAAAUAACAUUUUUUUUUUAAAUUUAUAAAAUAAAAAUGAUAUUUUUUAUUGAUUUUAAAUCUGAAAAAUUUCCCUAAAAUAAACGCACACACAGAAAGAGUGGAAUAUUUAGCAUAUACGGAACUCUUUUCUCUUCCGUCACACAGAAAUCUGAAUACCCUGAAUUCGCUAUAGCAAUCAUUACAUAGAAAUCCAAGAUCUGCUUCUCUCAUAGAUAUAGAAAUCUGUAAACACUGAAUUUGCUAUACCUAAUUUACAUUAAAAAAAAGCAUUUUUCUGUUUUCAUGUCCGAAAGUAACAACAUAGUGGAAGCCAUUGAAAAACAUUGUUUUAAUGCAAACGUCUUAUCGAUUUCUGUCCCGCCUUUACCAUUCUCAGACCCAUAUCUUAAAACCUUCAUCAUCUUCAAUUACAUGGAAUAUUUUUUUAUUAACCCAAAACAAUACCACCAACAACGAAUAUCCCACAUUAAAUCCCAUUUCUACAAGACACAUUUUGAGCUUUGGUUCCUUUAGUCACUCUCAGUCUCGUGGUUUUUUCACUUGUAAUUCUUGUAAGGGCUUAGUUGCUUUGGAUUAUCGGAAUCCCCAUUAUUUCUUAAGUCGUCGAAGCUUUUUCAGGAGGGCUAAACAAGUAAAGAAGAUCGAAAUCAAUGAUCAACACAGUCAUAGAGCAGUCACAACUGCAUUGUGGUGCAACUUCCUCGUCUUCUCUCUUAAAUUUGGGGUCUGGUGGACGACCUCUAGUCAUGUAAUGCUGGCUGAAGUUGUGCAUUCAGUUGCUGAUUUUGCAAACCAGGCGCUCCUUGCUUAUGGUUUGAGUAGCUCAAGGCGUGCACCAGAUGCCAUUCAUCCGUAUGGCUACUCCAAGGAGAGGUUUGUUUGGUCCUUGAUAUCUGCUGUUGGUAUCUUUUGUCUUGGUUCUGGAGCAACAAUUGUUCAUGGCGUUCAGAACUUGUGGACUUCACAUCCCCCUGAGAACAUUAAAUAUGCAGCUUUAGUGAUUGGUGGUUCAUUUAUCAUUGAAGGUGCUUCUCUUGUUGUUGCCAUACAAGCUGUGAAGAAAGGUGCAGCUGCAGAGGGAAUGAAAGUUAGGGACUAUGUUUGGCGUGGCCAUGAUCCCACAUCUGUUGCAGUCAUGACUGAGGAUGGCGCUGCGGUAACUGGUCUUGCUAUUGCUGCUGCAUCUUUGGUUGCAGUGAAUACCACAGGCAAUGCAAUUUAUGAUUCUAUAGGUUCAAUUAUUGUGGGCAACCUUCUUGGUAUGGUGGCUAUAUUUCUUAUCCAGAGGAACCGGCAUGCUUUAAUUGGUAGAGCAAUGGAUGACCAUGAUAUGGAGAAGGUUCUGCAAUUCUUAAAAAAUGACCCGGUUGUAGAUGCUUUAUAUGAUUGCAAAAGUGAGGUGAUUGGACCUGGAUUCUUUAGAUUUAAAGCAGAAAUAGAUUUUAAUGGAGUAGUGGUUGUGCAGAAUUAUCUAAAAAGGACUGGACGUGAAGAGUGGGCCAGACAGUUCCGUGAAGCAGGAAAGGAGAAGGAUGAUAAUGCAUUGCUCAAGAUCAUGUCCAAUUACGGCGAGGAAGUCGUAACUGCUUUAGGAAGUGAAGUUGACAGGCUUGAACAAGAGAUACAAGAGCUUGUUCCUGGUAUUCGGCAUGUUGAUAUAGAAGCUCAUAAUCCAACUGGCCCGAUCCCGUGAUUACAUUGUUCCUACAGUAGUAUUUUCUGCUCGUUCUGUUUGUAUCCACUGUAUCCAUGAAAAAAGAAAUGGCAGAUAAUAUGCUUGUUGUAUUUUUGCACAAAAAUUGAUGAACUCAGGAACUGUUUAUAGUUGAAUUCCAAAUCUGUCUAGUUAUAUCAUAGGUUUGCCUUUUUCCUUUUGGGAAAAGUAAAAGGAAAGAACAUGGCACCUUUGCUGCUCUUUGGUCGGGUCCUGGUGGCAUUUUCCUUUUAAUUGUUUCAACAGUUUGGUGCUGAUUCAAGUAUUCAACUAAUGUUAACUCUUUUAUGACUUAA